CCGGGAGGGGGCCGGGAGGGGCGGGGCGGUAUAAAGCCGGGGCCCCUCCCGCGUCCCCUCCCUCCUGCCCACUCGGCGCGGCUCUCCGCGCUCGGACCCGAUCCUCGAUCCUCGGACGUGCACGGCGAGGGCGCCCCGCGCUCGGGGUCAGGACGUCAGGGACCACCCACCGGUGCUGCCAAGAUGCUCCGAGGCUCCCGCUCCCUCCUCCUGCUCUGGGGCCUCCUGGGGACCCUGCACGCCCAGCAGCAGGAGGUCAUCGCCCCAGACACAUCUGAGAGAGGCAGCAACUGCCCAGAGAAAGCCGACUGCCCGGUCAAUGUGUACUUCGUGCUGGACACCUCGGAGAGCGUCACCAUGCAGUCCCCCACGGACAGCCUGCUCUACCACAUGCAGCAGUUCGUGCCGCAGUUCAUCAGCCAGCUGCAGGACGAGCUGUACCUGGACCAGGUGGCCCUGAGCUGGCGCUACGGCGGCCUGCACUUCUCCGACCUGGUGGAGGUGUUCAGCCCUCCGGGCAGCGACAGGGCCUCCUUCACCAAAGGCCUGCAGAGCAUCCGCUCCUUCCGCCGCGGCACCUUCACCGACUGCGCGCUGGCCAACAUGACCCAGCAGAUCCGGCAGCACCGGACCAACGGCGCCGUCAACUUCGCCGUGGUCAUCACCGAUGGCCACGUCACGGGCAGCCCGUGCGGCGGCAUCAAGAUGCAGGCCGAGCGGGCCCGCGAGGAGGGCAUCCGGCUCUUCGCCGUGGCCCCCAACCGGAACCUGAACGAGCAGGGCCUGCGGGAGAUCGCCAGCACGCCCCACGAGCUCUACCGCAGCAACUACGCCACCAUGCUGCCCGAGUCCACCGAGAUCGACCAGGACACCAUCAACCGCAUCAUCAAGGUCAUGAAACAUGAGGCCUAUGGAGAGUGCUACAAGGUGAGCUGUCUGGAGAUCCCUGGGCCCCCUGGCCCCAAGGGCUACCGCGGACAAAAGGGCGCCAAGGGCAACAUGGGGGAGCCUGGAGAGCCGGGACAGAAGGGCCGACAGGGGGACCCAGGCAUUGAAGGACCCAUCGGAUUCCCAGGACCCAAGGGUGUUCCCGGUUUCAAAGGAGAGAAGGGAGAAUUCGGAGCUGAUGGGCGGAAGGGAGCCUCCGGCCUGGCCGGCAAGAACGGGACCGAUGGACAGAAGGGCAAGCUGGGGCGCAUUGGACCCCCUGGCUGCAAGGGAGACCCCGGGAGUCGGGGCCUCGACGGCUACCCAGGGGACGCAGGCAGCCCUGGGGAACCCGGAGACCAAGGUGCCAAGGGGGACGCUGGCCGCCCAGGACGCAGAGGGCCCCCAGGAGAGGACGGGGCCAAGGGAAGCAAGGGCUAUCAAGGCAACAACGGAGCCCCGGGAAGUGCCGGCGUGAAAGGAGCCAAAGGCGGGCCCGGGCCCCGGGGGCCCAAAGGCGAGGCUGGGCGCAGGGGAGACCCUGGCACCAAGGGCAGCCCGGGCAGCGAGGGCCCCAAAGGCGAGAAGGGGGACCCUGGCCCCGAGGGACCCCGGGGCCUGGCUGGAGAGGUUGGCGGCAAAGGAGCCAAGGGAGACCGCGGCAUGCCUGGACCCAGAGGCCCCCCUGGGGCUCUGGGGGAGCCUGGGAAGCAGGGAUCUCGGGGAGACCCCGGUGAUGCUGGUCCCCGCGGAGACUCUGGACAGCCUGGCCCAAAGGGAGACCCCGGCAGGCCUGGAUUCAGCUACCCAGGACCCCGAGGAGCGCCUGGAGAGAAAGGCGAGCCGGGCCCACCUGGCCCCGAGGGCGGCAGAGGCGACUUCGGAGUGAAAGGAGCAUCUGGGCGGAAAGGAGAAAAGGGCGAGCCUGCAGAUCCUGGUCCCCCUGGUGAGCCAGGCUCUCGGGGGCCGAGAGGAACCCCAGGACCCGAGGGAGAGCCUGGACCCCCCGGAGACCCCGGCCUCACGGAGUGCGACGUCAUGAACUACGUGCGGGAGACGUGUGGGUGCUGUGACUGUGAGAAGCGGUGUGGCGCCCUGGACGUGGUGUUUGUCAUCGACAGCUCCGAGAGCAUCGGCUACACCAACUUCACGCUGGAGAAGAACUUCGUCAUCAACGUGGUCAACAGGCUGGGGGCCAUCGCCAAGGACCCCAAGUCCGAGACGGGGACCCGAGUGGGCGUCGUGCAGUACAGCCACGAGGGCACCUUCGAGGCCAUCCAGCUGGACGACGAGCGCAUCAACUCGCUGUCCAGCUUCAAGGAGGCGGUCAAGAACCUCGAGUGGAUCGCGGGCGGCACCUGGACGCCCUCCGCCCUCAAGUUCGCCUACAACCAGCUCAUCAAGGAGAGCCGGCGCAAGAAGACCCGCGUGUUCGCCGUGGUCAUCACGGACGGCCGGCACGACCCCCGGGACGACGACCUCAACCUGCGGGCGCUGUGCAACCACGAGGUCACGGUGACGGCCAUCGGCAUCGGCGACAUGUUCCACGAGAAGCACGAGAGCGAGAACCUCAACUCCAUCGCCUGCGACAAGCCCCAGCAGGUGCGCAACAUGACGCUGUUCUCCGACCUGGUGGCCGAGAAGUUCAUCGACGACAUGGAGGACGUCCUGUGCCCGGACCCCCAGAUCGUGUGCCCGGACCUCCCCUGCCAAACAGAUGGACCGCGGCCUGGCGAUGCGCCCCCGGUCACCUUCCUCCGCACGGAAGAGGGCCCGGACGCCUCCUUCCCCACGACCAUCCCCCAGAUCCAACAGUUGCUAAACGCCACGGAGCUCACGCAGGACCCGGCCGCCUACUCCCGGCUGGUGGCCGUGCUGGUCUACACCGCCGAGCGGGCCAAGUUCGCCACGGGAGGCGAGCGGCAGGACUGGAUGGAGCUGUUCAUUGACACCUUUAAGCUGGUGCACAGGGACAUUGUGGGCGACCCCGAGACCGUGUUGGCGCUCUGCUGAAGCCACGGGGUGCUGGUGCUCGGUGCUCCAGAGGCCGGGGCUGCCCCAGCUGGGCCGCGUUCGCUCCCGGGCUGCCCGCGUGCUGGGGGCUAUGGAAGUCAGGCACCAAAAUCAAGGUGUCGUCAGGCCCUCGCUUCCUCUACCCCCAGCUAGGGGGCUCCAGGGAAGGCCCUCCCAGCUCCCAGCUCCCAGCUGCCUGCUCCCAGCUGCCUGCUCCCAGCUGCCUGCAUGGUCACAUGGCCUCGCUCUGUAGUCUAGCCUUCCUCUGCUCCCUUGUAAGGACACAGGUGGCAUUUAGGGCCGACCAGAGAGCCUUGGACAACCUCCCAUCUCAAGGUCUUACGUUAGGCCCAUCUGCAAAGCCCCGUGUUGCCACAUACAGUCACAUCUGCAGGCUUCCAGACUAGGAUGUAGGCAUCUUUGCGGGACGGUAUGACCACACCCCCACCCCCACCCCCCAUCUAGCUGAGCUGCCUCACACAUUUAGGGGACGUAAGAGUCACCCAUUAGGGCAAACCUGCCAAAGCAGCUGGCAGACAGUGAGGAAUGGGCCACAGACACCACCUCCUUGUCCUCCUGCCCCAGGCCCUCUAAGGGUUGGGACGCCCUCUAAGGGCGGCUGAAGCAUGUACAGACCCAUGGGUGCCCGCUCCCCAGAAACCUGAUUAAUACAGAGAAGCCCUCGUCCUUGGGCCCUGUCACUGCUCCUGCCUGUGCCCCCUCCCGAUUCCCAGGGGCAGGGUCUCACCUCCCUGCCGCUCAGGCUCCCUGCCGUGGGUGGGGGUCAGCAGAGGGAAAGAAGGGGAACAGCAGAGCUCCCCUAAACACCCGCCACUCCUGGUUCAGCUUCCGGCCUCUGUGUCCAGGCACCCCUGGUUGAGGAAAACUUCCCGAAAACCAGACACACACACACACACACACACACACACACACACACAUACCUGCCUGCUUGUAGGACUUGAAGUCAGGGCACCCGGAGAACCGGGUGUGUUUAAAGAAGAAGCUGCUAUUCGUUUGCACUGCCAACAAGAUAAGCUACGUCAUUCAUAAGCUCCUUAAGAAAGCAUCCUGUCCGCUGGCGCCCGGCACCGCUCGGUGACACACCCGGGGAGGGGGUGUCCCUCAGGGGCUGUGAGCACGCCUUCAACGUCUUAUAAAAGCUGAAAAACAGA